AGCUUAAAAAGGGAUAUGCUUCCAGUGCUCGGAGCAACUUCCCAGCUACCACGCGGGAGGGAAGGAAAGCCUUCGGGACCCGGGCGGGUUGGGAAGGUUACGAGGUUCAGCUGUGGUCACUCCGGCCGCCCGGGUUGGUUCCGCAGCCCUCUUCCCGUACCCCCCGCCCUCAUUGGGAGGGUCGGGGCGGCGCUCAGCCCCCCCACCCCAGGCCCCGCGGGACUCGCGCCGCAGCCGGAGGGGCGCGCUCUUGCCUCCGGGCUCCCGCGCGGGGCCUGGCUGGGAGGCGGGCCCGGACCCGGUUUGGAGAGGAAGCGGGCGGGCUCGAAGAGGCGGGGCGGGGCGGAGCCGGGCGGGACAGGCGGGACUCUGCGCCGGGUGAAAGGCGGAGCGGGGAGCGCGGGUCGGCUGUACCACCCGCAGUCGGGGAGCUGCUGGGACUGGGGACCUGGCUGCCCGGGGCAGGAGCGCGAAGGGGAAGCGCCGAUGGCUCCCUUGGGACUCGCCACGACCCCCGGCGCUUGGGGCAGCUCGGAUGGCUACCAGCUGUCUCCCGCCUUGGAGGCGGGCUCCGCCCUGGCUUCUUCCAGUGGAGAGACGACGCCAUCUCCUACGAAUGCUGGGAAUGGACACCCAGAACAUAUUGCUAUUGUACUAGUUCCAGUUUUCUUCAUCAUGGGACUUGUAGGAGUUUUUAUCUGCCAUCUGCUUAAGAAGAAGGGGUAUCGGUGUACAACAGAAGCUGAACAAGAUAUUGAGGAAAAGGUAGAAAAGAUAGAAUUGAAUGACAGCAUAAAUGAUAAUAGUGAUACUGUUGGACGAAUUGUCCAUUAUAUCAUGAAAAAUGAAGCAAAUGCUGAUGUUUUAAAGGCCAUGGUGGCAGAUAACAGCGUGUGUGAUCCUGAAAGCCCUCUGACACCGAGUACUCCAGGGAGUCCUCCAGUGAGUCCCGGUCCCUUGUCACCAGGAGGUACUCCAGGAAAGCAUAUGUGCGGCCACCAUCUGCACACCGUUGGAGGGGCAGUAGAAAGAGAUGUAUGCCAGCGCUGUAGACAUAAGCGGUGGCACUUCAUAAAACCAAGCAGCAGGUCUAAAGAAGGAAGAAGUCGGCGCCAAGGAGAAGUAACAGUUCUUUCUGUUGGAAGGUUUAGAGUUACAAAAGUGGAACACAAGACCAAUGCCAAGGAACGGAGAAGUCUGAUGUCUGUGAGUGGCACCGAAAGUGUCAAUGGCGAGGUACCUGUUACCCCUGUGAAAAGGGCACGAAGCGGCACAGAAUAGGAGGAGGAGUUUUAUUUGAAGAAGUUUAAAAGAGACUGAAAACUUAGGAACUGUGCAAAGCCAAUUGCCUAAGGAAAUCUUUCCUUAAGUCUUUUGUACCAUUUCUGCCCUGGCUGUGUGUCUAAGACUCUGAAAUGGAACACUGUUGCUACACUAGAUGCCAAGUUCCGUGUGUCAGCUCCAUAACUGGUUUUGCCUCUUAUGCCUUAUGGAAAGUUUAUUAAAUUUUCGAGAAAGGCAAGACUUGGUAGUAUUUUAACUUAAUAGCCUCUUCCUUUGCCCUUGUGUACAGAACUCAGAGUUUUCUCAUUUUGGUAACGUGUAUGUACAGUGGGAAUAUUAAUGUACAGUUUUGAGAUUGUGCUUUUUUUUCUCCGUGUGCCUCUUUGUUAACUCCACCCCAUUUUUUCCUCUUUUAUUUUUUGUUUGGGGAGAAGGGGCCGCCAGCCAUCACCAAUUUCAUUGUCACAGAAGUAAUAGGCAGUGAUGUCAGCGUGUUCCUCCCCACCUUCAUCAUAAUCACAUUUCAUCCCUAGAUUACCAGAGACUUCUUUUUAAGAGUUAUUGAAGUUCGACAACAAUCCCAUUAUAAUGAUUAAAAAAAUGACUUCAAGCCCAUUGAGCAAAAUGUUAUUGUGUUGACAGCCCAAGGCCCAAACAAACUUCCAAUGUGGGAUGAGGGACUGGUAACUUUUUCCAGGCUUUUUUCUUGGUGUAGAUGAUGGCCAUUAGGUGUUGAUAAGCACUCACGUGAUGUUGCUUAUAAAGCUUUCAGGUUUUGUUACUUAGGCUGAAUGUUUCCAGAUCUCUAUCAUUCCCCUUAAAAUAAUUUAAAAAGCAGAAACAAACCUGCCAUCAGCUUCCCAAAAGAACACCUCUGUGUUAUUGGACUUUUAAGUAUUACUGUAAAUAUCAUCCAAUCCCCCCCCUAAAUCUUGCCAUAAAAUUUUUACCAGUCUUUCAGAUGAUUGGUAGAUUUAAUUUUGCCUUGGUUUUUUUCCUUCUUAUUUCAAGGCAGUGUGAUGCAAUGGAUAGACAACUGGCUUUGGCCUCAGGAAGACCGGACUCGGGUUUCACCUCUUACACAUACUGGCUAUAUGAUCAGAGGAGAGUCACUUUAUCUCUAGGUGUUCGAAGUAACUCUCUUAAGGCUAUCAAUGGCAGAAAAGAUAUAGAUCUGCAUUGAUAGAGGGAGUUUCCUCAUUUGGAGUUCCCUAUCUCAAUGAAAUCUCAGGUCCAGUCCAAAAUUUGUCAAUUUUCGUUAACAAUUUGGAAAGAUGUCUGUAUGUGGGUAUAUAUUAUAUACACAAUUUAAGAGGAUUUAAGUGUAGCAAUAAACUUCGCUGAGUUCCAGAAAAUUAUGAUAAAGGACUUUUUUUGAGGAGUGUAAAUAUUUUUUAGUAGGCCGAGAUUUUCAAGUCUUAGUUUUGUUAAGUUAAAAAUCAUUAUUAAUUAUGAAUGAUUUAAAAUAUUAUAUUCCAAUAUGGAGAAGAAUCAAGAUGUAAGGCAUUUCAAAAGCUUUAAUAAUUUUAUUCAGGUCAGAGCACUUUUUAGCAAUACAGUGGGCAAGAAAAUACACUGAUCUCUAAAAUUAUAUUUAAAUGAAAAACAUAUUUUUAAAGUAUUUUCUAAAACGUGCAGUUUUGGUUUGGUUAUCUUACAGUUAUGCCAAAAGUUAUGCACCCCAUACAUCAAUCGUGUAAACAUUUUUGUUGGUUUCUUGUAUCCAAUGAUAAUUCUUAAGUGUUUCUGAAGCAACGGAUGUUUACAAGAGCUUAUAUUUCCCUUCUUCUUUUGGAGGGGGAGGAAUUCCCAAAGCAAGCGUAUAGAAUGACACUAACUAUUCUUAUCAUGUGUAAAAUUUGUAAAGGUAAUUUUUCAUCAUUUUGUGUGUCAGAUAUAUUUUUAACUGUAUGGUUUGUACCUUAAGACUUUUGUACUACCAAAGCAGAGUUAAAAAUAAAAGGAUAAUUAAACAGUC